GUUAAAAUUCUCAGUAUUUGCAUCUAAUUUUUAUUUUUGCUAUUUAUUGAUGAAUUUGGAUUAAAUUACAUGUAAUUAUUAGUUAUUUUGAACACACCAUUAUUUUAUGAACGUUAAUCCACUCCAAGCUUUAUAAAGACUUGGUUUGACUUUAAAGUAAUGACUAUUUGUGUCUAAAAUAAGCCUGUGGCUCCUGUUAACCAAGCAGAAUGGGACAAAAUUAUUUAUCUGACUCUAAAGUACAAUUUUCAACUUUUUCCAGGUGAUGAAGCACCUGGAAAAAGGGCUGGUGCUCUGGCACCACCUAGUGUCUAUUAUGUGUUAAUCGCAGUGCAACAGGGACAAACAGGACAAACUGUGCUUGCAUCAACCUACAAUCUCUGGUGACCUGAAAGGACACAGCACAUGAAAAUGCAAACUCCAAACAGAAAGCUGAAACAAGAUUCAAAUCCAGGAUAAACUCUUAAUUUCUCCACAUUUCUUAGAAUCAUGUCAGAACAAAAAGUAAAACCAACCAAUGCUUGCCGUCAAUAAAGAGGGCUUUUUUUGAAAAUCUACAACACAUCAAGAAUAUCUCAGCUUCCAGCUCUGUCCUCUAUCACUAUUAGCAGCAUUGCUCCUACACACACACAGAGAGAGAGAGAGAGAGAGAGAGAGGCGUGUGGUGUUGAUCACAUACUGAGUUUGCUGAUUUGCCAAAUAGGCCGCCGUUCUUGGCUUCCAAACAAGCUCCAGCCCCCCCACUGAGUCAUCCUCCUGAUUCACUUUGUGAGAGGUUUUCCUGUUUGUGCGCGUCGUGUCUUGGUUCUCUUCCCAUCAGCAGAUGGAGUACUUCACAGAACUUAUAAAUAACUGUUUUAGGACACAACCAGACCCAAAUGGUCCCCUUAUAUGUGGUCCAGCUUGAAAAACAAGAGCUGUGCUUUUCGCUAAAAAAUGUUUGCACUUUGUCGCAACUCAAUCAAAUCAAACUGGAGGCGGUAUCCAUGAGCCCAUGGGGCAAGUGGGUGUUUUAAUGCCCUCAUUUUCAUGCAGUUUUUCUCAAAUUCUGCAUGUCUUUGUGCCACCAAUCUCAAUGAGCAGUGAAACCAAUGUGAGUACAUAUGAACAAACAAUAAUUUAUAUGGAACACCAAAAGGGCCAAAAAGACUUGAAAUUUCAUGCAUAUUUCAUACACAAAGUACGCUGUUAAGCUGUUAAGAUAAGAAAUGCCCUUAUCUUCAUUUCUCUUUGCAUCCUUACUGUGUUUACUGUAGCUCCUGGAUUCCUUUGAACUUUGGAGAUUAUUAACUUAUACAAGCGCAUAACACGUUUGUGUUGCUUUAUGAGUUUAUGAAAUCCCAUUUCCUGUUUGAACUUUGGGCUACGGCACCUUUCAGCUGAAGAGUCCCUCUGGUUCACUUUCUGAGCAAACAAAAUGAAAGAGCACCUGCUGAAAAUACUGGUUAUCGGAGACGGAAACGUUGGCAAGUCUUCAUUUGUGCAUCGCUACGUCAAUGGACAGUUCAACAGAACAUACAAAAUGACUGUAGGAGUGGAUUUCUCUGUUAAGAUGCUGCACUGGUCUGACAAAGAAAAGGUCAGAGUUCAACUUUGGGAUAUUGCAGGCCAGGAGCGUUUCAUCUCCAUGACCAGGAUUUAUUAUAAAGGAGCGGUGGGCUGCGUUGUGAUGUUUGAUGUCACAGACUCAUCAAGCUUCCUCAAGUGUCACCAGUGGAAACAGGACCUGGACAACAAGGCCAUGCUGCCCAAAGGAAGCUCCAUCCCAUGCAUCCUGCUGGCGAACAAGAGCGACCUGUCUCAUUGGGCCGUCCCAGCAGACCGCAUUGAGAUGUUCUGCAAGGCCAACGGCUUCUUCACAAGGAUGGCAACUUCAGUCAAAGACAACAAGAACAUCGACGAGGCAAUGAGGAGUCUGGUGAAGGAGAUUCUGUCCAUUCAGUCCAGUUUGGAUCCGCCGCUGCCCAAAACCGAAGACAGUGUUGACCCAGAGCAGGACUCACAGCUCAGCAACGGUGCAGGGCAGAGUUGCUGCUGAGGCAAUAAGGGUUAUCACGGACCAAACAGCAGAAGCAAAAGGAGGAGAGGAAGAGGCUGUGAAUAAAUUUUGUUGGGAAGGCCUGUAGAUGUGGAUGAGCUGCAGAUGAAAAGUGCUUCUCCUCCGACACGCUGACUCAUUCAGACGCAUGACGUCCGCCUGCUAAAACCAGGCGUGUGUGUGGAUCCACUCUGCUUGCCAGUAAGGCAAAUAGUAUGAAUAGUAAUGAGUGUUGCUGGGUGUUUGAGAGUGUGUAUCACACAGGCACAUGGAUAUGCAUGUGCCUCAGAGAAGCGUGACGUGCAAUACUGGAUUUUUAUUUUUUUUAUUUUGCAGAGAAAGUGUUCAUGCAUAUUACGCAGAGGAAAAAAGAGGAUUUUAUAAAUUUUAUUAAGAUUAGAACCUCCUAGAAGAAAAAAAAAAAUCUGAAUGGUGCACAUAUUUACUGAUUAUUAUAUUUAUUGUAAUCAGUGCCAAAGAUGAAUUUCAGGUCACACUGAAAUGAACCAAAUCAGUUUUAACUCUGACUUGAACGCCUCACGGUUCCCCAGACAGACCUGAAAGUUAAAUCUUCACAUUUUAAUCUUAUCACAUUAUAUUAUCUCUCCAUCUAUUGACCAACAUAUUUGGUGUAUAUUAAUCAUUUUGAUGAUGGCACUCGACAAAAUAUAGUUUUCAUAGCUGUUUUUAUUUUUGUGUUAUUAUACUGUGAAGCAUUUUGAACAACUUUGCUGCUGAAAUGUGCAUUGCAAAUAAACUUGAUUGA